AUGGCAGCUUCUUUCUUUGAUCAAUUUAAUGUAGUUCGGAUAAUUGGGGGGAUAAUUACUAAUUCUUCUCUUAUGAUGCUUAUUCUAUUAAGUGCAAUAUUAAUAGGGAGUUGUUCAUAUAAAUUAAUACCUACAAGAUUGCAGGCUAUACAAGAGAUUGUUUAUACCCACUUUUUAGAAUUAGUAAAAGACUCUACAGCUAAUAAGGGAACUCAGUAUUUUACUUUUAUUAUAACCCUAUUUGCGUUUAUUGCUGGACUAAAUCUGUUAGGUCUAUUUCCUUAUGUGUUUACCCCAACUGCCCAUAUUGUUAUUACUUUCGGGCUAAGUUUAUCUAUUUUAAUAGCAGUGACAAUAUUGGGUAUAACACAAUACCGUUGGAACUUUGCUUCAAUGAUGAUGCCUAGCGGGGCUCCUUUAUCAUUAGCCCCGCUAUUAGUUAUAAUUGAAACGGUUAGCUAUCUUUCCCGGGCAAUUUCCUUAGGUGUUCGAUUAGCGGCUAAUUUAUCUGCUGGACACCUUUUAUUUGCUAUAUUAGCAAGUUUUGGGUUUGCAAUGAUUAGUAAUGGAAUGUUAGUCUUAAGCUUAGCCCCAAUAUUAGUAAUGGUUUUUAUAACUUUACUAGAAAUUGCCGUGGCCUUGAUUCAAGCAUAUGUAUUUUGUUUACUAACUACCAUAUACAUUAAUGAUACUCUAAAUCUACAUUAA